AUGGAGAGAGUAGUGAAGCAACAUUUAGCAACAAACUGGGAUAACAAGAGAGAAGUGAAAGUAUUACCUCUAUCCAUAAAAUACACACUUUGUUUAAUUUGUGAUUUAUUUUUAAGCAUAGAUGAUCCUUCCGGUAUCGAAGAAUUAGGUGCACCUUUGGAACUUUUCUCGCUCCCUAUAGAUUUACCGGGAACAGCUUAUAACCUUGGGUUAAAAGCAUCAAAGUUCUUAAUGAAUAAGCUAAUAUUGAUAGUCAGGCAACGGAAGAUUGAUCUGGAACAAAAUAAAGCUCCAACAACACUGGAUUUAUUAUCUUAUUUGUUAUUAGAAGUUGAUGAUGAUGGGAAUCUUCUGGAUGAAUCGGUAAUUGCUAGCAGGAUUUUAGGGACGUUUAUUGGUGCUCAUGAAGCUUCUGCUACUGUCAUUACUUUCACUAUCAAGUAUCUUGCUGAGCUUCCUGGUGUCUACAGUGAAGUCCAAAAAGGUACGUACAUAUAG